AUGUCGACGAAAAGAGCAUUGGUGGAGAUCCAUCAAGACCAAGCGCACUCGCUUCCCGUGGCGACGCAACUCGCGUCGGCCACUUCCCAGUUUGAACUCACACCAUCGCAAGAACAUCUCCUAAAGAAAGUCAAACGGCCCAGUGGGUCGGAGACCCCCUCGGAGUUUGAGAAAGAGCUAGUGGAUAUGACGCAGGCGGUGCUGAGCAUGGGCUCGGGGGACGACCAACUGUGGUCGAGACCAUCGUUGCCACCAGACUUUGACCCCGCCAUCCACGACGUGGUUUUCCAGCAAUUGGAUGCGGAAGAACAUAACGAGAACGAGUCGACGUACGCUAGAUUCUUUGGUAUAACGCAAGAAGGCUACUCCGUGCUAUGCAACGUCAUGGGGUUCACCCACUACUUCUACUCGCCCGUGCCAAAGGGGUUCAAUAGAGACCACUUGCAUCAGUUCACGAGCUACUUAAAGGCAAACUACGAUGGCGUGGUGCGAGUAGAGAUCAAGCGCAAGGAAUCCAUCUGGGGGUUCAACAACAACAUCAGAACCCCGUUUUUCCAGAUAUUCGCCAACAACUCGCGCAACAUCGCCCGGUUGAGAGGCGCGUUUGAAAAAGCCGAGAUUCGAUUCGAGGACUUGUUCCCCGUGCAGCAGAGCGUUACCUAUGACAACAUCAACUAUUUGCUACGUCUCAUGAUCGAUUGCAAGAUCACGGGAAUGUCGUGGAUGACGUUGCCCAAGUCGAAAUAUACCACCGUGGCGUUCAAAAUCUCCACCUGCCAGAUCGAGUGCUCGAUCGACUAUCGCGACUUGAUAUCACACGCGUCGGAGGGCGAAUACUUGAAAAUGGCACCUUUGCGUGUCUUGUCCUUUGACAUUGAAUGCGCCGGCAGGAAAGGUGUGUUUCCUGAAGCUGAACAAGAUCCCGUGAUUCAAAUUGCAAACGUGGUGUCCAAGUUGGGAGACACCAAGCCGUUUGUGAGGAAUGUGUUCACUGUCAAUACUUGCUCGCCCAUUAUUGGCUCGCACAUUUUUGAACAUGAGAAGGAGGAGCAAAUGUUGCUUCAUUGGAGAGACUUUGUCAACGAGGUGGAUCCUGACGUUAUAAUCGGCUAUAACACCGCCAACUUUGAUUUCCCCUACUUGCUCGACAGAGCGAAAGCCUUGGGAGUAGCCAAGUUCCCGUUCUUUGGACGGUUGAAGCACGUGAAGCAGGAGGUGAAGGACGCGGUGUUCAGUUCAAAAGCUUAUGGAACAAGAGAAAAUAAAGUUGUCAACAUUGAUGGUCGUAUGCAGUUGGACUUGCUCCAGUUUAUCCAGCGUGAGUACAAGUUGAGAUCGUAUACUUUGAACUCGGUCUCUGCCUAUUUUUUGGGAGAGCAGAAGGAGGACGUGCAGCAUUCAAUCAUCACAGACUUGCAGAACGGUACCAAUGAAACGAGGAGAAGACUCGCUGUUUACUGUCUCAAGGACGCAUACCUUCCCUUGCGGUUGAUGGACAAGUUGAUGUGCUUGGUCAACUACACGGAAAUGGCCAGAGUCACUGGUGUGCCGUUUUCAUAUCUUUUAUCCAGGGGCCAGCAGAUUAAGGUUAUAUCGCAGUUGUUUCGCAAAUGCUUGGAGGAGGACAUUGUUAUUCCAAACAUGAAAAGCGAAGGCUCAAACGAAGAGUACGAAGGUGCCACCGUCAUUGAACCCGAAAGAGGCUACUACGACGUGCCCAUAGCCACGUUGGAUUUCAGCUCGUUGUAUCCCUCCAUCAUGAUGGCGCACAACUUGUGCUAUACUACUUUGCUCAACAAGAACUCGAUCAAGGCUUUUGGUUUGAGCGAGGAAGAAUACACAAGGACACCCAAUGGCGACUAUUUUGUCAAUGCAAACAAGAAAAAGGGCAUCUUGCCCACCAUCCUCAACGAGUUGUUGUCUGCAAGAAAAAAGGCCAAGAUCGAUUUAAAGAACGAGACCGAUCCGUUUAAAAAGGAUGUGUUGAACGGUCGACAGCUUGCGUUGAAGAUAUCUGCAAAUUCCGUUUACGGCUUCACUGGUGCAACUAUAGGCAAGUUGCCGUGUCUUGCCAUUUCAUCGUCCGUCACCGCGUUUGGCCGUGAGAUGAUUGAAAAAACAAAGAAUGAGGUGCAAGAACACUACUCAAAGAAGAACGGGCACCCCUAUGAUGCCCAGGUCAUUUACGGUGACACGGAUUCCGUCAUGGUCAAAUUCGGAUACCAGGACUUGGAGACAUGCAUGAAGCUUGGGGAAGAAGCUGCCGAGUAUGUGUCGCAGAAGUUCAAAAAGCCAAUCAAGCUUGAGUUUGAGAAAGUCUACUUUCCCUAUUUGUUGAUAAAUAAAAAGAGAUACGCGGGGCUAUAUUGGACAGGGCCGGAAAAGUUUGAUAAGAUGGAUACCAAAGGUAUCGAGACAGUGAGAAGAGACAACUGCAGAUUGGUGCAGAAUGUCAUCACAAAAGUGUUGGAGUUUAUCUUGGAGGAGCGGAAUGUCGAGAAGGCCCAGCGAUUUGUUAAGCAAACCAUUGCGGAUCUACUACAGAACAGAGUCGAUCUUUCACAGUUGGUGAUCACCAAGGCCUAUUCCAAGCACGAUUACUCUGCCAGACAGGCACAUGUGGAGUUGGCAGAGCGAAUGCGGAAGAGGGACCCGGGAUCGGCGCCCACAUUGGGUGACCGUGUGGCGUACGUCAUCAUCAAGUCUGGCAGCGACAAGAACUACGAAAAAUCCGAAGACCCGCUCUUUGUGCUUGAAAACUCGCUCCCCAUCGACGUCAAGUACUAUCUUGAGCAGCAAUUGUCGAAGCCCUUGGAGAGAAUCUUUAUCCCCAUCCUUGGCGAGUCCAAGACAAAGGAGCUCUUGGCCGGUUCACACACACGGACCAUCAAAGUGUCGGCUCCAAAGACAGGUGGGCUCAUGAGGUUUGCCAAGAAAUCGGAGGUUUGCGUCAACUGCAGAACACCUCUCAAGGCAAACAACCACGGCGCGCUAUGCGACAACUGCAUACGCGAAGGUAAAGGCCCCGGCCUCUAUGCAAACGCAUUGUCGCAGAUGAACUAUUUGGAAAACAAGUUUUCAAGAUUAUGGACAGAGUGUCAGAGAUGCCAAGGGUCGCUCCACCAGGAAGUGCUCUGCUCGAACAAGGAUUGUCCCAUCUUCUACAUGCGAAAGAAGGUGCAAAAAGACGUGCAUCAACAAGCUCUAGAUUUGGUCAAAUGGGACGAAACACAUUGGUAG